AUGGCGGAGGAGGCGAUGGAGAGCUACCUGUACGCCGCGUUCCCCCCGUACUCGUACCGGUACCCGCCGCCCAAGGGCAAGGGCGGGUGGCGGCCGCGGGGCGGCGGCUUCGCGGGGUACCGGGAGGCGGCGGCCGCCGAGUACUUCGACAACUACCAGCGAGCGCAGCUGAAAGCCAUCCUCUCCCAGGUCAACCCCAACCUGACGCCGCGGCUCCGCAAGGCCAACACGAAGGAGGUGGGCGUGCAGGUGAACCCGCGGCAAGACGCCUCGGUGCAGUGCUCGCUGGGGCCCCGCACGCUGCUGCGCCGCCGCCCCGCGCCCCCUCGGCCCCCCGAGCAGGAGCAGGAGCAGGGCAGCCCCGCCGCCGCCCGCGCCGUGCGCUUCCCCCGCACCGUGGCCGUGUACUCGCCCGUGGCGUCCCGCAGGCUCACCGCGCUCCUGCCCGAGGAGCAGCCGCGGGAGGACAGCUGCGAGAAACCCCCCGAGGGCGGCGCGGAGCCGCCGGAGCAGCGCCCGCCCGCCGCCCCGCAGCCCCGCCGGGACGCGGAGGAGAAGGAGCCGCCGGCGGAGCCCCCGGCCGCCCCCCAGCCGCAGGAGGCGGGCAAGACGCGGCUGCGCUUCCAGUUCCUGGAGCAGAAGUACGGCUACUACCACUGCAAGGACUGCAACAUCCGCUGGGAGAGCGCCUACGUCUGGUGCGUCCAGGGCACCAACAAGGUCUAUUUCCGCCAGUUCUGCCGCACCUGCCAGAAGUCCUACAACCCGUAUCGCGUGGAGGACAUCACCUGCCAGAGGUGCCGGCAGACCCGCUGCUCCUGCCCCGUGAAGAUGCGCCACGUGGACCCCAAGAGGCCCCACCGCCAGGACCUCUGCGGGAGGUGCAAGGGGAAGCGCCUCUCCUGCGACAGCACCUUCAGCUUCAAAUACAUCAUCUGAGUGGUGUGGGGUUUCCCUUUCUGUUUAGGGCUCUUCUAGAAAACUGCAAAUAGAGCAGAUUUUUUUUUUUUAAUUGUUAUUUGGAGGUACGUGGUGAGGGGUAGCUAGGAAAGCAUACAAAUAAAAGUAUUGCAAAGCAUGCUGAAACGAUCAGGUGAGUUUGUGCCUAGUUCCGAGGGUUCACGUUACAACUUCUUUAACUUGUGGAGUGGAGGAAGAGCCUACAAAUGUUCUGUAAAUGAGCAAUGGUCUUGGCAGCAGCUGGCUCUGACCUUGUGUGAUCUCGGGUGGGAAAGGAUGGCUGUUACUGCUCCUGCCCUUGAAUUACCAAACACUUGAGGUUAACAUCAAAUUGAGAUCUACAGUAGGUAGUAGAGCAUCAUUAUGAACAAAGUACCUAACGGUGUUCACUUUACUGUGCAUGCUUCUAUUCAAUGUAGAGAGUCUCCUGCAUCUGUUCUUCAUCACUACAAAAUGAUGAGAAAUGCUACUUAAGAACUAGGUCACUCUUACUGGUACAGCUGGUCAGCAUUUAGCUGAGCUGGUGGUCUUGUCUUGUUGACCAAAGUUGAAGAAAGCUUGUGGUUAAUUCAUCUUCAGGGACAGGCCUCGGACUGCUGGGGGAAGGAGUCAUUGAUGUUGCAGUUUCUUUGUAAAUGAGUUGCCUGUCUUUACUUCCACAAGGUUGAGAACUGGUUCUCAAAGACUGAAAGUAUGAUACUGCAUUUGCCUGAAUGCCUCUUCUACCUGUAGGUAAAGCAUAAGAGCUGUGCACUUACUGGCUCACACUUGGAAAGUUUUAUCUAGUCAUGGUUUAGCUGCCUGUCAGCAGGGAAGGCUCAAACUCCCAUGCCUCUGGGACUGGGUUUGCAAUUAGGAAUUGUACUUUUGUAGCAUUUGGUAGUAAUGACAGAAGUGGCGUGGUUGCUCCCAGGCGUAUUGGUGCUGUCGGUGGCAAUGGCUUCUGUAGGGACACCACACUUUACUGGGAAAGCAUUACAAGCUGGGACCACAGUAACACUACCUGAGGAGCUUCAGAAGUCUACGCCCCCCUAGUCUACCCUGUAGCCAAGGAGUUGGAUAAACAUACAGGAAAACAUACUUCUCUGAGAAACCUAAUAAAGCUGUCAAUUUUGAAAUUAAGCGUAAUAAUGCAGAAAGCCUUUUGCAGAACUCUUGAGGUAACUUCUGUUUGGAAAGACUGAUUUAUCUUUCCUAUACCAAACUUACCUAUGCCUGUAUGCAGUCUCCUUGAGAUGACCCUACUGGAGACUAAACGGGGAGACUAUUGGAGACUGAAGUCUGAGCUUAUGCUGUAUAAUAGCUUCAGCGCCAGGUGGUCUUGCAUCUCUAAAUGGAACCUAGUGUAUGGCAGGACAGGCAAACACUGUCCUUUGUACCAACAGACUUCUGUUUAGAAGGGCAGUGAGUGAUAAUUCUGUAGGAUUAUCUCAUCUUGUAGAUUCCUGCUUUAACAUC